UUUCAGAAUGAAGGAGGAAACAGAUCUUUGUUUGACCAGCUGGAUGACUUUCGUACUGACCCAUCACAGCCUGAGGACGAACGGGAUGUGGAUCUUAUGGAGUGGUGGAACACAGUCGAGUCUUGGGAGGACACGCCUCAAGAUGAUGACAUGACAGAAAAAGAAGAGGCCAAGGCGUUUACUGUGACGGCAGAGAAGGUGCAGAAAGGCAUCCGUGUCUUCAACAAACUUUUCUCAGAGCGCGCGGAAAGCCUCUGGCAGCACGUCAUCGACCUCAAUGGCAUCGCAGACGGUCUGGACAAGUUCAGCAAGAACACAAAGAUCGCUCAAAUCACCGGCGGCUCCACAAGCGCCAUUGGGGGUGUAGCCACCAUUGCCGGCCUCGCUCUGGCCCCGGUCACCAUGGGAACCUCCUUGAUUGUGACAGCUGUGGGACUGGGUGUUGCCACGGCGGGAGGACUGACAUCAGCAGGCGCCGGCAUCUCCAACCAGGUCAACAAUUCGAUGGACCGCAAGAAGGUGGAGAGGAUUGUGCAGGAUUAUCAGGAUAAGAUGGUCGACCUCAACAAGUGCCUUAAGUUCAUCAAGCAGGGUAUCGAGAACCUGAAGAGGUUCGACCUAAUCAAGAUGAAAAAUAAGGCCUACAACCGUGACUUUCCUGUGCUUAAUAGUAAUUUCUAUGAAGACGGCGCCAUGGCAGGAAAGGCAAUCCUCAUCAGUGCUAAUGAGAUUAUGCGUGUGGUGCAGAUCGCUAAUGUGGCGGGCAGCACAGCAGCCAGAGCGGUCCAGAUCGCCAGUAUGGCCACAGGUGUUCUCACCGGACUGUUUGUAGGUAUGGACAUCUACUUUGUAGCCAAAGACUCCAAAGAACUCAAGAAAGGGGCCAAAUCAGAGUUUGCAGCCAAAAUCAGGGAGGUGGCGACGCAGCUGCACGACGGCCUGGUGGAGCUCAACAGCAUCCGAGAAGAGCUGCAGACCACGGCACCAGAAAACAGUUCAGCACAAUCCAACACAGCUGCUCCAGACACUGACAAAAAAGAGAAAGAGGACAAAUAUGACAGUUCGAGUGACGAUGAAAUCGCCCGCAUUAAAAAAGCCAUCAAAGAAGAGUAUGAGAACCGAGAAUAUGUCUGAAUCAAAAACUCAAAAACUGGAAAAGGCCUUGAACUGUGCUUUAAUUCCAAGGUCUCGGAGCAUGGUCAGUUUCCUCUGCAAAAUGUUUUCAAGUUUUUUGAAAGUACAGGCUCGAAUCUCAGGCAUACUGCUGCAAUAUUUGCAUCGUUGGUUUUGAGUUGUUGUUUCCUCAAUUUCCUCAAAAUAGAAAACUACUAUCAGGCCUGUUUUGAAAGUCCAAAGAGAUAAAUCCACGCUUGAUGAAAAACGCUACUUUCGAAAACUCCUGGGCUUUUAUUUUAGGGACCUGACCUCUUAAAUCUGAAUAGCAUUUACACUGCUGGGAGGAACUGAGGCUUUGUAGUAGAUAAAGUAUCAUAACUGUGUCUUUGGCUGUGGUGCCAGCGUGUGAAACUACCAUGUUGUCUUUGAGAAAGGGCGUUUAAAGGUUAACCGAAAUCAUGUAUUCUGAUAGUAGAUUAAUUAAAGACACAAGUGCAA